GGACAAACGGCAUUCGGAGAUGUCCCUGCCUUCCGCUGCGUCAUCCGCUUACGAUUCGGAUGCAAAUCGUAGACGAAAGAACUUAGGUCGAGCCGUUCUAUUGUGUACCGGUCUGGUUGGGCUUUUAGUCGGGUUUAAAGGUCUAUUGCGCCUCCACGGGCAUGUCUGUGGAGGUAAUGUCAAUGGCAUUUGGGAUGCUCUUGACCAAACAGGGAUUUUGGAUAUUUCCAAACAGGCACAAGACCUCUGUCCUCAGGCUGAUGAGCUCUCCCCCGUUAGGAACAAGGCAGUAUGGGAUGCCUUCAAUUCUCAACUCAGUACAGAUGAGUUCAAAACGAAGGCUAUCAACUGGCUCAGCGGUUCUGUUAAAAUUCCGACCCCGUCUUUUGACAAGAUGGAUCCCGUAGGCGUCGAUCCUCGCUGGGAAGCAUUUGCGCCAUUCCACGAGUACCUGGAGGAGUCUUUCCCUCUCAUUCAUUCGAAGCUGAGCCUAACAAAAGUCAAUACAUAUGGCCUGGUAUAUGAAUGGGAAGGCUCGGAUCCAUCGCUCAAGCCUUUGCUCUUAGCCGCCCAUCAAGACGUUGUACCCGUCGAUCCAAGAACUGUUGAUGAAUGGGAGCAUCCACCAUUCUCUGGGUUCUAUGAUGGUGAGAGGAUUUGGGGUCGCGGUAGUAACGACGACAAGAGCGGACUCAUCGGUAUUAUGUCAACGAUUGAGACCCUCGUGAAAGCCGAUUUCCAACCAACCCGCAAGGUCGUUCUUGCGUCUGGCUUUGACGAAGAAACGUCUGGUCUUCAUGGCGCUCAUGAGAUCGGUAAAUACUUGGAAUCCACCUAUGGCGAAGAUGCGUUCGCUAUGCUCGUCGACGAAGGCGGAGGAUACAGUGAACAGUUCGGCGGUAUCUUCGCAGUUCCUGCUAUCGGUGAGAAAGGGUACAUUGAUACACGCGUAGAGGUCUCCACUCCUGGAGGACAUUCGAGCAUUCCUCCGUCUCACACUAGCAUCGGUAUCUUAUCCUCUCUCCUCGUUGCAUACGAGUCAAAUCCAAUGAAGCCAACUAUCGAUCGCACGACGCCUAUCUACGGUAUGAUGCAAUGCUUGGCUGAGCACGCACCGUCAAUGGAUAAAUCACUCCGCAAGAUAAUCCUUAAAUCGACGAACUCCGAUAAAACCCUGCACAAGCUCGAGGGUAUUAUCGAGGAUGACCUUGCUUUGAGGAGUUUCGUUGGUACGACUCAGGCGAUUGACCUUAUCCAGGGAGGUGUCAAGACGAAUGCACUACCUGAACAGGCCUGGGCUGUGAUUAAUCACCGUAUUGCAACUCAGGGUUCUGUUGAAGCCGUCAAGGAGCGCGACACGAAAGUUAUCGUCGAGCUAGCAGAGAAGUUUAAUCUCACAUACAACGCCUUCGGUCAAACCCUGCUUUCUGGCGGGAGUGGAUCGCUCACGCUGUCGGAUGCAUGGGGAACAGCGCUUGAGCCAGCUCCAGUGACUCCAAUAGAUGCGGCUCCGUACAAGCUCUUGUCGGGAACAAUUCGAUCGGCAUACGCUGUGAAUCAUGACGAAGAUAUCAAGAUUGCACCAGGGAUAAUGACAGGAAAUACUGACACACGCUACUACUGGAAUCUUACCAAACACAUCUUCCGUUACAAUCACAACCACAACAUGUUUGCUGGUGGACGAGUUGGUGGUGGUGUACAUACGGUCAAUGAAGUGAUUGUCGUUGAUGAUUUCCUGGAAAUGAUCCGCUUCUUCUCGACGCUAAUUUUGAAUGCAGAUGAGUAUGAGCUCUGAGAUGCAGGCGCGAUUUAGGAUGAAGACUUUCUUGGAUAUUGCGGAUGUAAAACUAGUGAAUAAUCUUUGUCGAAUGCAAUGCUUUCUCCGCUUGAGUAUUUCUUGUAUUGUACAACAUAGUACAAGUCAUGUUUUUGUCAAAUUACAAUUAGUAUUGGAGUUUACCA